AUUAACUUGUCUUUCCUCAAUUCCUUCCUUGAGAAACAAUCAAAACAAGCUGCCUAAACUCUAUGCUGCUGCUGCUGCAAUUCAUAUUUCUCUUUUUUACUACUCCUAGACAAGACUGAUGGCUUCGUUCAAACACCACCCAGUUGAGCUAAAGAUUGCAGUCAGCGUUAUGGUCAUCUUUUACCUUGCAUUUUCCCCCUCCAGAUCAGUAACAGCUAAUGACAGUUCCAAGCAAGAGACAAUGGUUCUGGGUUCAAGGCCUCCCAAGUGUGUCAACAGGUGCUUCAGUUGCAGACCUUGCAUGGCAGCUUUAGUUGCUUCUCCCCACCAUAGAAACGGUCGAAGUUCUACAUAUCAAGGUGAUGAAAGCUAUUAUCUGCUGGCCUGGAAAUGCAAAUGUGGAGAUAAGUUCUUCCAACCUUGAGUAAAGAUUGAUGUAAAUAAAGUUAUAGCCUUAAACUUGUCAGCUUACAUUUUAUAACUUCGUGGUGUAGAAUCUCGAUCGCCCUAUUACUUUUAGGCAUUAGCAUCCUUAUAUUGUAAACUAGGAAGCUCUUUC